UUAUAAAAACAACAUUACUUUUUUUCACAAUCAGUCAAUUUCAUUCUGGUUUUCUUCUCUUUUUUCAGAUUGUGAAUCAUCACAGCGAACUUACGUCAUCCGUGUUGCACAAAAAUAAAAUCGUAUCUAACCACAACAGAACACUUCCAGAUUUUUUUUUUCUGUGAAACUGACACUCACACUCGCGAAUACCAAAAGGUGGUAACUACUCGCAAAGCUUAUUGACUCUUUAAAAAAGGAAAAUACAUUUACAACCCCCACCCCCACCCCACCCCCGCAAGAUGGCGGAGAUUCGGAUCCCUCGCGACAGAAUCCCCCACGAUAUUCUGCUCCGGCUCCAGGCUAUAGGCCAGUCUGUCAUGUUCCCUGUGACUGGCUCACCCCCGCCCACACAGCCCGCCUCCCAAAGUGCUGUGACGUCAUCAGCCACGAACUAUAGCGUGUCAACGGCACCGUUGUUUACCAACACAUCAGCUGCUGCAGCGGUGUGGGCGUCAUCAACGCCAACAGCAACAGCAGCAGCGACAACAGCAGUGCCAGGAGUAGCGCAGUGUUCAUCGUCAUCGUCACCAUCAUCAUCGUCAUCGUCGUCAUCGUCUUUCCCAUCUCUUCAUUCUUCUUCGCUUCAGUUCAACCCAGUAUCGAUACCAGUAGCGACUACAGCCUGCCCUGCUCAAAUCCAUAUCGAUACCAGAGUAUCGUUGUCCCCCGAUAACAUGUCGUCGACAUCGUUAUCUCCGUCUCUGCAGUCCCCUAGGUUAUCGGUAAUGCCUUCAUCUAUGUCAUCAUCUCCCUCCCUCUCACACACCCCUCCACCCCCUCCUCAACCAUCAUCUUCUUUACCCUUUAACUCAUUAGCUUCAAGCCCCAAAAUAUAUCCUACGGCGGAAUCGACUCCACUAAGUCACCAAACUCAGUCCUCGGCAUCGAUUACUCAUCAUCAGAAAUCCAACUCGGGCAAGAAAAGCCCAACCAGACACAUGACGUCAGAGACCAGACACAUGACGUCAAAACCCAGACAGUUGACGUCAGAGCCGCGAGCUAUGACGUCAGAGGCGGACCUGCGACAGCAGACGAUAGACGAGACAGACGGUGCCGACCCUGGCUCUAUCGUCCAUGUUCUCUCCGAACAUCCCAACUCCAAACGUCACAAACCAGAAGUAGACGAUUCCGAUAUCGUUCGGGUGUUCCCUCUCGCAGACGAGCACGAUUCGGAAGAAGUCGAUUCCAGCCAGCGAUACCCGGUCGAUGACGAUUCUGGAAUCGUGAGAAUAUUCCCAGAAUCGUACUCCGACGUCAAGAGACAGCAAGGGUCUUCUCCGUUCCGUGAAAACGAUACUGGUGGGUGUACUGCUGAAGAAUCGAAUAUGGUAAAUGUCUUCUCUCCGUCCAAGCGUGCUGAUAGCCAGAGUGGCGUUCCUUCUUGUACUAACGCGAGAGCGGGCUCUAAAACAGACAUUUGUGCCUCAGAGAUGCCAGCCGCCUCCACAGUGAGAUACCUCCCCCCUCCACAGCACAGCUUCACCUCGCCCGCUGCGUUCAAUAACUCGAGAAGCCACCACGCCCCAUCUCAUUUGUCCAGGCCCAACUCCAGUGGCCUUCACUUUCCCUCAAACCACGCCUCCCGGACAAGCCCCACCCCUCCCAGCCUAAGCCACUCCCCAUCAGCCAAUCAAACUCCUUCACGACACAGCAGAGCCUCCCCUCAAACCACGCAGAAGCUUCUAGACGCUCAAGACUUCUCGUCCGGAAAUAACCGACACGGACAGCAGACGGUCCCGAAAGACAUCAUUACCCCCGCGGCCGGAAGGAAGCUCGGCCAUUUCCGCCACUCCUCGGCUCUCUCCGUGUGCGCGGCUGCUCGGCGCUCUCCGGAAAUUCCCACACCUCCGCAGACGCCUGAUGACGCGGAGGAUGACGAGGUGUUUAGCUAUGACGUCGUCUCUGUAGCAGACGAUGGUUUCUCGUCUAGACGUUUAGGGGUAGAUGCGUUCCGACUGAGCCAAGAGUCCACGCCCCAGAAGGAAAGCCACGCCCCUCUACGUCACAACUCUGACAGCAGAAGCUACGAGUCUCGCCACGCCCACGGGUUCCGCACCUCCCCUUUUAGCCCCGCCCAGAAAAUGUCGGAGCUGAACGUGGGCGACAGACAGCACACGAGGAAACGCCUCUCGUUCGAAGAGGAAGAUCUAGCCACGCCCCUAUCGUCCUCUCAGACAAUCCAGUACCACAGCGACUCAGCUCUGGCCAAUCACAGCUCACAGUAUUUCCACGCUUGCAACACGUUCGCGCCUCAGAUAUUCGCCAGUCAGGGACAGCUCCUUCGCCUCCCCAAUAUGCCUAUUAAUAGCUUAGCCAAUCAGAGAAACUGUCCACAGAGCCCCUCCCCUUGCAUGUCUCAAGCCCCGCCCAGCUCCGUGCAGAACGCCCCCCUCGCCAGUACCAGCGUCCUGCAGUCCCACACGCCCACAAAGUGUGAACCUUUAGCCCCGCCCCCUUCUCCAUUCCGUCCAACCAGCGUGAACCCCUCCUCCAUCCCCGAGGUCAAGGACAUUAUCGAGCGUCUGUCGAGCCCGGGUCAGAUGCUGCCAAGGUCAAGGCUACACUCGGACGGCGACAGGGAGGCGGAGUCUCAGAUGCACACGUUUGGCGGGUCUCCGGUUUAUGGGCGGGGCUCUCCCGUGCUGGCCCCGCCCCGUGCCAGGGGACAGACGUUUUCUCAUGGGAAGAGGCGGAGACUGGACCAUUGUGACGAGCACGAUGGGCCGUCUCCGACAUUCGGCUCCGCCCACUCCCAGUCCAUUCCCAGACCGGAAUCCACCGAGGCCAAAAGAGAAACUUGCGCAUGCGCGACCAUAGAGCGGAACUUCCUGCAGAUGGCGGAGGGUGCCUACAAGAACAUUCGUCGGAUGGAUUCCACCGUGGCCGAUUUCGAUCGGUUUCGACAAGAGCUGGCGCAGACGAAUACGAUACUGAGGGAAUCGUUCGCGAUAAUCGAGAACUUUAAGAGCAUCUGCGAGCAUAAAGGGGUAUCGAGUAUGUCUAGUGAUAAUGUUCAUCAGUUUGGCUGAAGAAAAGAUCGGGUUAUUUUUGUUGUUGUCUGUUUUUUUUCGGCGUUUUUUGAGGUUUUAUUGGGAAAUUUUGGG